UUUGCAGCAUUGCUUACGAGAUGCUUUCCCUCCACUCAGCAUGAAAAUUUUCCCAUAAACGAAAGGAAAACUUGAUUUACUCUCCCUCCAUGUUCCUUUUAUCUCCCUCUUUCCUACCUUCCGCCUUGUUAUGCAUACUAUGGUUCUGGCUGGGCAUAUGCAAUCCUUUACAACAUUCUCAACAUCUAUGGAGCACCAUCUCCCCCGCUUUCCUCAUGCGAUUCUCUCUUGCUUUACAUCUCGUUUGGUGGUUCUCCCAUUUUCCAUUUUCAGGUCAAAACACUAUUUUCUUUGUUUAAUCUUUCAAUUUUGGUCGGUCCUUGGUCCCACGAUCGCAACGCCAUACAUCCAUCGUUCGAGAAACAAAAACAAAAACAAAACUAACGAACAACCUUGCAUUCCCGUAUCUUCUCAC